AUGGCUUCGGUGGCAACGGAAAAGUUGAGUAACAGUGUUUUGGAAUUUAAAGGGGUCCUCUCUGGAGGACACCACGGAUGGGUCACUUCCAUAUCCACUCCUCUCAAAACUGAUGUUAAUACCAUCAUUUCUGCUUCAAGAGAUAAAAGAUUGAUGAUAUGGGAAAUGUUUGACGACGACAUUGACGGAGAAGUUGGAAUAGCAAAACGUGCUCUGACCGGACACUCGCAGACAGUGCAGGACGUGUCGAUGUCCUCAGAUGGACUCUUCGCACUCUCAGGCUCGUGGGACGGAACGCUGCGCCUGUGGGACCUGGUCAAGGCACAGUCAGUGCGUGUGUUCAACGGUCACACCAAGGACGUCAACAGCGUCGCAUUCAGCCCAGACAACCGCCAGAUCAUAUCAGGCAGCCGCGACAGGACCAUAAAGCUGUGGAACACGCUCGCAGAGUGCAAAUUCACCAUAAGCAACAACACGCACUCAGAUUGGGUGUCAUGUGUACGUUUUUCACCCUCCGGAAAGGAACCAAUCUUCGUAUCGGGUGGUUGGGACAAACUGAUAAAGGUAUGGGACCUCAGAACUUGCCAUCUGAAGCACACUUUGUACGGACAUGAAGGAGUAGUCUACUCAGUCUCUAUUUCGCCAGACGGCUCCCUGUGCGCCUCAGGAGGAAAGGACGGUGUGGCCAGGCUCUGGGACAUGAAGGAGGCAAACAGCCUUCACCUGCUGGAGGCAGGCUCGACGAUCAACGCGCUCUGCUUCUCGCCCUGCAACUACUGGCUGUGCGCAGCCACCGACAAGGCAAUAAAGAUAUGGGAUCUUGAAAACAAGAACAUAUUGGCAGAGAUACACAACGACAGGCCGAAGAAGGUGGGUCUCCCGUGGUGCGUAUCGCUCUGCUGGUCGCCGGACGGAAGAGUGCUGUACGCAGGCUCGACAGACGGUAACAUCUACGUAUACCAAGUGAGCAGGAACUACAGCUACUUGGCAAAUUAA